AUGGGGAAUGUUUUUGAAAAACUGUAUAAAAGUCUGUUUGAGAAAAAGGAGGUGCGGAUUCUUAUGUUGGGUUUGGAUGGAGUAGGAAAAACCACCAUGUUAUAUAGAUUGAAGCUGGGAAGGACUGUGGCUACUAUCCCUACAAUAGGUUUCAAUGUGGAGACGGUGGAAUAUAACAAUAUCAGCCUCACCAUCUGGGAUGUCAAUAGCCACUGUAAACACAGACCUAUGUGGAGACAUUAUUUCAAAAACACCAAUGGUCUGAUUUUUGUGGUCGAUAGCAACGACAGAGAACGGAUCAGUGAGGCCCAAGAAGAGCUAACCAAAUUGUUAAUGGAAUAUGAGCUCCUAGAUGCAGUAUUGUUGGUGUUUGCAAACAAACAGGAUGUUCCCAAUGCUAUGAGCACAGCAGAAAUAACAGACAAGCUUGGCUUACAGUCCUUCUGCCAGAGAAACUGGCACAUUCAGGCUACUUGUGCCACCAGUGGAGAGGGGCUUUACAAAGGCCUGGACUGGUUCUCCGACCAGCUUAAGAACCAGAAGUGA